UUGCCGAGCAGGCGCUUCGGCAGUUCGUCGCUUUCCGUCACGGAGCACCGAGCGUGGCCGAGCAUGGCCGGAGAUUACCGAGCAUUGCCGAGCAGACGCCCCGCGCGUGCGCCGUGCGUGUCGCGGUGAUGGCGGCGGCGCAGGCGGAGGCGGGCGGAGCGCGUUCGGUCAUGGCCGGCGCCGCGGGCCCUGCGAUGGGCGACGUGGGGCCCGCCGCGGCCGAGCUGGGGGCCGCGGGCCCCGCCGUGGACGGUGCCGAGGGCGGGGCGGGCGAUGCCAUGGUGGCGGAGGAGGCGCCGGCGCCGCCGGCGCUGCCGGGGCUGCGGCUGGUGCAGCAGGGCGCCGAGGCGCACGUGUACCGCGGGCUGCUGCUGGGGCGGCCGGCGGUGGCCAAGCUCCGCGUCCCGAAGCGGUACCGCCACCCCGCGCUGGAGGAGCGGCUGAGCCGGCGGCGCAUGGUGCAGGAGGCGCGGUCCCUGCUGCGGUGCCGGCGGGCAGGGAUUCCAGCUCCAGUGGUCUACUUUGUGGAUUAUGUCACCAACUCCAUCUAUCUUGAAGAUAUUGUAGACUCAAUUACUGUUCAGGAUCAUAUUUAUUCUGUACAAAAGAGUGGAAAUGAUACCAGUGACCUCCAUAAGUUAGCAGAGAAGAUGGGUGAGCUGUUAGCAAGGAUGCACGAUGAGGAUAUUAUCCAUGGGGAUCUUACAACUGCCAAUCUCCUCCUGCGGCCACCCACGGAGAAGCUGGACUUGGUGUUGAUAGACUUUGGACUCAGUUUUAUUUCAGGUCUUCCAGAAGAUAAAGGAGUUGAUUUGUAUGUUCUGGAGAAAGCCUUCAUUAGCACUCAUCCAGAUACGGAAACGAUGUUCCAAGCUCUGCUAAAGACCUAUGCAGCCACGUCUAAAAAAUCUGGUCCUGUGAUCAAAAAGCUGGAUGAGGUUCGGCUAAGGGGAAGGAAGAGAUCCAUGAUUGGCUAGAAGAGAGUGGGGUUAGGGAUAGAGAAAUAGUAGGUUUUGCAAAGAGGGUUAUUUAUAUUUCUAGUUGGUUUUACUUCACAGAUCACUAUUUUGAUAACUGUGUCUUCAAAUAAAUAAACUUCUAAGAGUUCUAAGUGUCAUCAAGUAACCAUAGUAAUUGUGAGAUUGGGGCACAGCCAAGAGAGAAACAGUUAGAAGUCAUUUCUGUCCUAGAAGUGAAAUAUUUCUAAUACAAAGUAGUUUACAGUGUCAUUCUACUCAUCUUUGUGUGGUUAGAAUCAUUCAGAGCAAUCUUUCUUGGCCUCUAGACCAUAAAUUUAUGGGAGGCUCUUACUUCAGAGGCUACAAAACAGCAUCUACAAAAGGUAACUGAGAAAAACAAGUGUGUUGUUUUUCUCAGAAGACUUUUCAACAAAGGGUUUAAAUCUGUUAUAAAUGACUGAACACAUCCUGAAAAUUGCCAGAACUGCAUUCUGGAACAUGAGCAAUGCUGAAAUACCACA